UUCCCUCUCCCUCUCUAACCAUGUGAUGUACGUGUUUGACAAUACUCUCUCGUGUCCCUCUGUUUCGGUUGCUAGGGAUGGGAGACAGUCCUAGGCAACGUAGUACGCAAAUCUCCAGCCGAGACGCGAGAAACCGGAUAACGUACAUUAGUUAGAGAUAUCAGUGAGGCGACAGCGAAGAGCGGACCGAGUGACCCGCGCGUAACCGAUAGUUUUCAUAGUAGCCAAAUUGAAAAUUCUCCAUUUUGUAUACAGGCGAACGGUCUAGUGACUUUGGGCAGCAAGAUGACGACAUUAACGAUAGCCCGAAAUGCGCUAAGUGCGCAACCGUCAUCGCCAAAGCGAGAGUGAGAGCGAUCACCAAAGUGGACUUCCUUUUUUCGCUCUUUCACUUUGCCGCUGGCCAGGUCAACACAUCACCACACAGCUGCGUAGCCGCCUGCGCGUCAAGCUGGGCUCCGACUCGCUCUCUCGCUCGACGGACUGAACAUACAGUCAUCACGGGGGAGAGAAAAAAAAAGGACAUCUAACUCGAACGUAUCCACUUUUUUUGGGGGGGGUGGUGGUGGUGGUGGUGUGUAAUUCUUGUUCUGCGUUCUCGCAUCAUAAGAUCAGUGGAACAGGUGACACUGACAUCUGCUCCGUCUGUCGAGCAGAAUUCAAGCUCAUAUGGAAAGUAAAAUGAAAUGUCUAAAGCCUGCGGUUGUCGUCUGUCACACUGGGCUGAGAACAUAUCUACUGAAAACUUCCAUGGAGUAAAGUAGCCGACAGUAAGACGCGGACAGCAUCCAAAUGAACAUAUGAUACCCAAAUGGCAAGUCUGCUUCUGUUGGAAGUUUGUGGAGCCAUUUUAUCUGUUCUGGGAAGACAUUUAUAGUCUUAUUUACAUUGGUUGACUGCUCUGGCUGACUCCAAACAGACACGAAGAGACUAUGUUUUAUCAUCAACAUUCAGCUUUAUAUUGUUGAGUUAAAUUAUUAUGAUUAUUAUUAUUAUCACUUCUUCAAACACUACUCUGCUGCUUUUGGUUGUUGUUAUUUAUAAGCUUCUAAUUGGCUUAUCCAUCCCCCCACCUCUCCCUUUCAACUGUUCUCCAGGUCCUUGCUGUAAAUGAGAAUGUGUUCUCUGUUAACUUACAUGCUAAAAUAAGGGUAAACAUUUUUUUUUUUUUUUUUUUACAAUUACAAUUACAAAUCCAUCAAUAUUAUUGUAAUGUGUCGAUGUCAGUUGACACUUCAUCUAAUGUGGGGCAGUCAGACAGUGCCACUUCUAGUACCAUGUGUUGGUCUGUGGCUGCUGAGCUAGCAGAGAGCAAUCACUGGCCUGUUAAGGAACACAAUGCCCCCUGUUGCUGCGGGUCCUGCCACUGGAUCCUUUCUCACCAGUUCAGAGUAGGAGCCUCCGACCGGGCUGACCAGCACCAGCCUCAGUUCAGAGUAGGAGCCUCCGACCGGGCUGACCAGUCUAAGAACCAGCGUCAGCCCCAGCCAGACCAGCCUCGGACACAGACACGACCAGCCUCAGCCCCAGCCUCAGACACGUCUUCAGACACUGUCCUGUCCUAACCAGCUUCAGCCUCCACCCCAGCCAUUGUUGGAGCUUCGGUCUCAGUUCCAACCCCAGUCUCAGACAAGGCUUCAGCCUCAUCCCCUGAUUCCAUCCUGACUCAGCCAGUAUCCAACGGCAGGCUGCCGGGCCACGGGUGUAGCAACGGGCGUAGCAACGGGCACGGCAUGGGCAACUCCUCCAGGAAGGAGGAGGCCGAGGAAGAGAAGGAUGGGGAGAAAGUGAAAGUAAUGGAGGAGGAGAAGAGGAGGAGGAAGAAGAAGAAAGAGGAGGAGAUGGAGGACGAUGAGCUUCCCCUAGGGGUGGAGGAGAUGCUGGCGAGCGGAGAUCCCGUUUUGGACCUGAGCUAUAAGAAGUUUCGCAGGUUGCCCGGUGUGGUCUGUGGGCUACGUCACCUGGAGAAGCUGUAUGUGUGUGGUAACAGUCUGCGGACCCUCCCGGAGAACAUCGUCCAACUGAAGGGCCUCCGCAUCCUGGCUCUAGACUUCAACAAGAUGGAGGACGUCCCGUUGGCCAUCUGCCAGCUCCGUAACCUGACACGUCUCUACCUGGGCUCCAACCGCCUGAUAUCUCUCCCUCCAGAGCUACGCAACCUUCAGAGCCUUCGUUGCCUCUGGAUGGAGAGCAACUACUUCACGUGCUUCCCCCGCCAGCUCUACGACUUACCCCACCUCAGGUCCCUCCAGAUGGGGGACAACAGGCUACGGACACUGCCCCCGGACCUGUGGCAUAUGGAGGCCCUGCGGGGACUGUGGCUCUACGGAAACCGUUUCACUGAGUUCCCCCGUGUCUUACUCCGUAUGGUGGAUCUGGAGAUCUUAGACUUGGACAAGAACAAGAUCGAGGUGUUCCCUAAUCUGAGCCGGCUCCCCGCCCUCCGCCUCUUCUCCUACGACCACAACCCUGUGGAGGGGCCUCCUGGUGUGGGGGAGGAGGUGCUGCUGGUUGGGGAGGGGGCCCAGGAGGAGCUCCAGGAACGGGCAGACAGGAAGGCUAAGAAGGAGCAGGAUGUGAGGGAUGCGGAAGAGGCUGUGCUGGCCGGGGAUGGGCCUGUGAUCCAAGGCAUUCUAAAGACGGCCAAACAGAACAGUGCAUCGCACGCUGGGCACAAGUACAACGAGGUGGCAACCGUGGCGAUGCCCCUAACCGAGGAAGAGAGGAGGAAGGAGGAGAUGGAGGCGGAGUUAGAGAGGGCGUUGAACGACUACGGGGCGGGGCUUGAGUAUGACCUGGAGGGGAUAGAAUAUGACAAGGAGGAGCUUAUAUGUGAGGGGGAGGGGUAUGAGGUUGGGGAUUUGGAGUACGAACGAGGAGAUAUGGACUAUGAGUAUGAGGAGGGGGAGGAGCUAGAGGAACCAGGAAGACAAGGGGGCCGGCAUUGAUGACUGACUGAUUGACUCCUCCUCCUGCAAAGGCUCUGAGUCCUUCCCUCCAAAGUCUAGACUUGUUUGACCUUGCAGCAGACAUUGCAGACCACUGACUGAUCUACAAGCCACCUUGCAUCAUAAAUAACUACUUAGAAUUAUUUGUAGAUCAGUCAGUCACAAUUUACCAACAAUGCAUCACGGAUUCGAUGCUCUCAGACACAGCCUCUCACCCCUCCCCUUCCUAAACCUAGGACCCCUCCCCUUCCUAAACCUAGGACUCCUCCCUUUCCUAAACCUAGGACCCCUCCCCUUCCUAAACCUAGGACCCCUCCCUUUCCUAAACCUAGGACCCCUCCCCUUCCUAAACCUAUGACCCCUCCCCUUCCUAAACCUAGGACCCCUCCCUUUCCUAAACCUAGGACCCCUCCCUUUCCUAAACCUAGGACCCCUCCCUUUCCUAAACCUAGGACCCCUCCCCUUCCUAAACCUAGGACCCCUCCCCUUCCUAAGAUUCUGACUACUUGACAGCUUCCUGAUUUGCACUAGGAGGUGAUAUGAGAACUAAGUGGACAAUAUAAGGAAAACACCAGGAUUAAUAGCCUAUGUCAGUUAGUUAAUUAUCCAUUCAAGUGGAUUCCAAUAUUGUUCUUCUGCCUUUCGAAGCUAGACCUUUUUUAUGACAACGCUCCAGCUGUCAUGACAACGCUCCAGCUGUCAUGACAACGCCCAACCAGAGGGUUGUUUAACUUAGUAAAUCCUGUGUGAAAAUGAAUUAAUGACUAGCCUCCUGAACCUGUUGCUAUAAUAUGUGACUUUGACAUUCUCUGUCCGUAGUUAGAAGUAGAGCAGGGCUGAGCCACUAAAUAACCAAGACAUUAGAUGUUUUUCAAACUGACCUGAAGACAGAUCCAUGCACUGCACAUUGUGGAGAUGAUGGCAGGCAGUGGCGUCUUUGCCGCAACUCGGCAAAUUGGCAAAAGUCAGAGCAGGACUCCGGUGACGCUGUAUGUGUGUCAGUGUGUGUGUGUUUGAGUGGUUGUGUGUGAAUGCGGACACGCAAGUGUGUAUAUAUGGGUGCGUGUGUGAACGUGUACAUGCUUGAGUAAGUGUGUGAACGCGUACACGUUUUGAGUGUGUGUAUUUUGAAGUGAGG